AGUCUUUCACACGUUCGUGUGCUUUGUUGAAACAGUUUCAAUUAAUUGUGUUUUUAUUUUUUUGUUGUUCAUUCUUUAAGUAUAGUGUGCGACGCAAGGGAGAUCAGUCAUACAGUUCGUUUUUAAGAACAGAAAUAAUAUUGUUCGAGUGUUGUGAUAAUCCUAAAAUCAAAAGCAACAAAUUUGAAUUUGGAGCAAAGUACAGAGGAACACAAAAACGGCAAUUGAGAUCAAGUUAAUCGCAGGCAAAGGUAGAGUUCAAAGAAAGCAUACAAAAUGUAUCCAUCUAACUUUUACAAGAUGAAAAACUUUGCCAAUCCAAAGACCAUGUUUAAGUCGUGCUCUAACAACGACGAGUUCUCCACGACGCCAGUGCAGAGCUGUUCGCCAGCGACCAAGAAGGCCAACAAGCCGAGCUCGGUCAGCGGCCGCAGCGGCAGCGGCAGCAGUAGCAGCGCUAGUUAUAAGAGCGUGAUGAAUGCUACUUGCUGUAGUGGUGGCAGUAGCGUUUGCUCACCGCUAUCCACACCUCGCUCCGAUCUGAGUGGAGGCACCACAGAUGGCGGCUAUAUGACCCCAUUGGCGCCCCUAGAUCCAGUUGGCACGGAUACAGUCAGCUUUGGUGUGGCUAGUGGCAGUGAGGCAGAGCAAGCAGAGCCAACGGAGCCGCAUCAUCCUCUAAACAGUGAAUGGACGCUGUGGUAUUUGGAGACAGAUCGCAGCAAGAGCUGGGAGGAGAUGCUGCACGAAGUGGCCAGCUUUAACACGGUCGAGAAUUUCUGGAGUCUCAUAAAUCACAUUAAGACGCCAUCAGAGAUUAAAAUGGGCAGCGACUAUUGUCUGUUCAAGAAGGGAAUACGCCCAAUGUGGGAGGAUGAGGCUAACGUUAAGGGCGGGCGCUGGGUAAUCACCCUCAACAAGGGGAACAAAAAUGAUUUGGAUAACUUCUGGCUGGACACGAUGCUUGUCUUGAUCGGUGAAAGCUGUGAAUAUUCGCAUGAGCUGUGCGGCGCUGUCGUCAAUAUACGAGGCAAGAACAACAAGAUCUCCAUUUGGACAGCCAAUGGCAACAACGAGGCAGCUGCUCUCGAGAUUGGCGGCAAGCUGCGCGACGGCCUGCGCAUGGAGAGCGCAUAUGUGCUUCAAUAUCAACUGCACAAGGACACCAUGGCCAAGCAGGGAUCGUUGGUCAAAACCAUCUAUACCCGCUGAUUAUUUGGCCCCGUAUCACACGCUGGCUACAAAACAAUAACCUACCCCCACCCUUCUCCCACAAAAAAAAAAACUCACAAGAAAAAAAGCAAAAAAAAAAAAAAAAAAAUGAAAAAAUUCAAAUCAUAGGUACCGCAAACAUACUACAUUUCUAUUGUCCAAAUGGAUGUCAGUCCUUCUAGCAAUGAAUAUUAUAUCAAUUGUAGAAUUGAUGAAAAUGCAACCCAAAGAAAAAUACAGCAACUGAAGUGCUCAAUCUACAAACCCAAAUCGUCAGUCUGAUAAAAAGGCAAAUUCUAAUUCCGAAUGACGGCGACUAAAUUCCCAGUCCAUAUCCGAAGUUCCGAGUCCAUUUGAAAUUUAACCAUUAAGAUGCUCAAACAUAAAUUCAAAAUUGUAUAAAUUCCAUGUCAAUCGAAGCAAAUCUAUGUCAAGUGCAUAUUGGUGACAAGAAAACUAAGAAAUGCAAGAAAUAAAUAAAAAAAAUCAUUGCAAAAUCA